UUUGUACUUUGAACAUGGCACUUUUGGAAAUAAUUAUAAUGUAUAUACAAUACAACAAAAGAAAAGGAAAAAUUUGUUUGAAAAUAAGUAAGUUAUAAGUGAACAAUAAUGCAGAAUAUGUAUCAUCAUUGAUAAGAUGAUAAACCAUUUCGUGUGUUUGAGAUAUUAAUGUAUAAAUAAUUUCUAAUUUGAGAUAUAAUAUAUUAUUACCUGAUUACAAAUACUCUGCAAUUACUUAAUAUUGAUAAAGUGUAAUUUUGAAUCGACUAUACAUGUUUGAGACCUUAUAUCGCUAGGCUAGGACUAAGAACAUAUAUAGUAUUUACUUAGUCCUUUUAGCCUACGAUCAAAGCGAGGCUUAAGGAAAUAAUCACCUUAACAAUUUUAGAGCUGUGUAUAAAAUGCAGGAGGUUUUAAGCAAUAAAAAGGCGGUGAAGUGGCGCCAUUGAAAAGAAACAAAAUAAAGAUCAUAAAAGGUAAUUGGUGGUCUGACUCUAAUUUAAUGAAAAUGAGGGGGAAAGUCUUCUCAGGAAAGGCUGCGUUCGCGCUUUGCAUUGCUAGCUUUCUUGCCGGUUCGCUCUUCACAAGCCGUACCUAUAAUUGGGCUCAUCAAGAUGAUAACGCCCUGUCACUGCCCCAACCUGAUCUGUCUCUAAUAACAAGGCCUCGAGACUGUGAUAACAAGCAACAGAAAUUGGUGGAAGGAAAGACUGAAGAUGUCAUGGAUGAAGUUACCAAAACUCAUCAAGCUAUCCAGUCACUAGAUAGAACAAUCUCAACACUGGAAAUGGAGCUAGCAGCAGCCAGAACAAGCCAUAACGAAAGAUCAGAUUCACUCACAUACAAUUAUAGUACUUCCAGUACUCAUAGCAUUAGUAGUAGUAGUACUACAAAGAAAGCAUUCGUGGUGAUCGGAAUCAAUACGGCAUUUAGUAGCAAAAAACGAAGAGACUCAGUUCGUGAAACGUGGAUGCCAAGAGGGGAGAAUCUAAAGAAGCUUGAAAAGGAGAAAGGGAUCGUAAUAAGAUUUGUGAUAGGGUACAGUGCCACACGAGGUGGAGCACUAGAUAAAGCCAUCGAAGCAGAGGAAGCAGAGCACAGAGAUUUCCUGAGGCUGAACCACGUAGAGGGAUAUCACCAGCUCUCAACCAAGACCCGACUCUAUUUCUCCACCGCCGUCUCGCUCUGGGAUGCUUUCUUUUAUGUCAAGGUGGAUGACGAUGUCCACCUCAAUGUGGCUACCCUUCUAACCACGCUUGCUAAGCACCGAUUCAAGCCCAGAAUCUACAUUGGAUGCAUGAAGUCUGGCCCUGUUCUUUCCCAAAAGAGCGCUAAGUACCAUGAGCCAGAACAUUGGAAAUUUGGAGAAGAAGGGAAUAAGUAUUUCAGGCAUGCCACUGGUCAAAUCUAUGCCAUAUCUAAAGACCUGGCUUCCUAUAUCUCCAUCAAUCUGCCCAUUUUGCAUAGAUACGCAAAUGAGGAUGUGUCAUUGGGGUCCUGGUUCAUAGGCCUUGAAGUGGAGCACGUCGAUGACAGGUCUAUGUGUUGUGGGACACCUCCAGAUUGUCAAUGGAAAGCACAAGAAGGAAAUGUUUGCGUGGCAUCGUUUGAUUGGCAGUGCAGUGGGAUAUGCAAUUCAGUGGACAGAAUGAAAACAGUCCAUGACUCCUGUGGAGAAGGAAACAGUGCCCUUUGGAGUGUUGAUAUAUGAUAUUUAUUCUCUCAUUUAUUUUUUAUUUUUCAACUCCUUUCAUUCUCUCUUUUCUCAUGUUUCUCAACCUUAUUUCCUUUACUGUACUCAAAAAAAAAAAAAAAAAAGCCACAUUUUCUUUACUACUACAUUAUAAACAAUUAAAUAAAGCAAGACUCGCAUAAUAUUUUACAUGACUCUAA